AUGUUACCUUCCAAGAAACAGCAGUUGCAGCAUUGUUGCUGGAGGACAACCAGAGAGUUGCCUGUGUGUGGAAAUGUGAGUUCUCUGUCCGCAGCAGCAAAGUGGAAGGUGUUAGCGGAGAGGAACCAGCCUGUGGCACCUGUUGGGGCUUGGGUGGAGAGUGCCCCAGAAGAUGCAGAGCAAGAGGAAAGCCUAGCUUUUGCUUCAGCGGCUGUAAUUGAAGAGGAAUACAAAGAGCAACAAAAGGAAAAAGAGAGGGCUUUGAAACGCUUUCAAGAAGAGGUCAAGCAAAGAGUGAACCAGCAUGUUAAGCAGAGAAAAAAGCAGCAGCUUCAAAAAUCAUAUGAAGCAGCUCUAAAAGAAGGCUCUGUUGUGAUAGGAUUUUCUGAUUCGGCACUACAGCUGACCCCCAAGAAAAGCACAUGUUUAUUCAGACGCAACACAAAUUCUGUCAUUUGCAGUUCUACUGGUGUGCAGCAACUCAGUAACAUGCAACAGGGGGGAGAAGAAAUGCAAGAUGCACAGCUCUUAGAACAAUCCCAAAGUGUGAGAAAAACAGUGCAGCAGGUCCGUCUCAGGCUGGCUUCCUGCAAGACUGUGUCGGAAGGAGAACCUUCAUCAGAACUGCCAGGAGGUUCCUGGGGCAACCAUCCGAGUACGCAGGCAAAAUUCAACACAACAACUGCAGUAAAGACAGGCGAGAAUCAUCCCAGGGAGUUUCCUCUGGUGGGAUACCACGAUCUUCCAGCAGAGCUGCAAGAGCAGGAAAUUCAGAAGCGAGAGGAAGGCAGUAAGGGCUGCUACUGUACAAUACAGCUUGGAAAAAUCAGUAGUGACAUAAUGAGAGGUUCCUGUUCAGCUGCCACUUCAGCAGUUGGUGCCGAAACCCAAGCUACUCUGGUCCUGUGGCCUGGAAUAGAGAAAGAAGAAUCAAAGAAGGAGCGUCAAAAUCAGUACCUGAGAUACAGGCGCCUGUUCAUGGAUAUUGAAAGAGAACAAGUCAAGGAGCAGCAAAGGCAGAAGGAGUGGCAGAAGAAAAUGGACAAAAUUAAGAAAGAAAAGGAGCAUCAGCGCCUUGCAGAGGAACAGAGAAUGCAGGAGGCCACCUCCCAUGAAGUUCCUAACUCUAGUGAGAAAGCUUGUGAAAAAUUGGAACAGCUUAAAAUAGAGGAUGUGAAAGAAAAGAAAAAGAUCGCAAAACAACAGAGACACAGAGAAUAUGCAAGAUAUGUAGAAGCAUUACGGGCCCAGAUGGAGAAGAAAAUCAAAAUAUAUGUAGAAGCAUUACGGGCCCAGAUGGAGAAGAAAAUCAAAAUGUACAAUAUCAGCUUGCCUUCCUUGUGCUUCUGUGGGUCAGAUUUCUGGGACUGUCAUCCUGAUAGCUGUGCCAAUAAUUGUGUGUUUUAUAAAAACCACAAAGCAUAUGCUCAUGCCUUGAGAUCUGUGAUCUCGUCUUGUAAUGUUUUCGAUGGCGGUUCAGACACAAGACUCGCUGUUCAUACGUUUGCUACUGUACAUGCCCGUUCUGACAAGAAUUCUUAAAAGACAAUGGUGCUUCCCUUUCUCCCUCUCUCUGUUCAGUCAAGACGUCUGCAAAAACCUGUUUCUGUAACAACGAGCAUGCCCAAUUUCCUCUGGGUUUUGACCUAAGUCCCACUAAAAAUGAACCAGAAAGGAGGCUCCUUAUA